GCUACAUCUCAUUCGAGAGAGCCUACCGUACACUAUGGAGAGGACCAAACUGAGUUGAUCUACUGUUGCUAAUCCUAGUGGAUUCCGUCUGUGUGGCAAACGCCGAGGUAGGAAAAAGGGGAGAAAGGAAUGACGGAGUUUACAGAGCAGGGAAAAACUGAUAUGUUACCUGUAUUGUUCGUAACAGAAUGAAGAAAAGACGAAGACACACUCAAAUUAGAUGCAAACCUUAAACUGAGAUUUUUUAAAACGGAUUUAACUCUUGGAUCAGAACGGAAAGAUUUCUAGUCGAACAGGACUGGAAAAUAAACAUGGAUGUCGGAGUAACGACGGCAUCUUUGUGGAAUUAAAUCCAUUUCUAUCUUGUUUCUGUCUCCAAAAUUGCGCCGGCCGAAGUUUGCUCUGAAACCAACAAUCGAUUAUAGACAGACGUCAUCUUGAUUCAAGUUUACUUUUCGGCAAUCAGCUGCAAAGAUGAGUCGUCUGUGGAGGCGUGACGUGCCCCUGUCUGAGCGACUAGGUGUCGGGGUUGGAGAGGACUCCCCCCUGGGUGUGGCCCCUGGUCCCCCUCCCACCAUGGCCCCCCCGGGCCCAAACAUCUCCUGGUUCCCAGAGGCCCCCCUGCUGACCUCAGACCAGCCCACCUUUCUGAUGACCCCUGCUGCCCAGGCCGUGUCGGGCUUCUUCGUCUGGACCGCCCUGCUCUUCACCUGCCACCAGAUCUACAUGCACCUGCGGUACUACAGUUCUCCUAACGAGCAGAGACACAUCGUGCGGAUCCUCUUCAUUGUGCCCAUCUAUGCCUUUGACUCCUGGCUCAGCCUCCUGUUCUUCACUAACGAGGAGUACUACGUCUACUUUGACACCGUCAGGGACUGCUAUGAGGCGUUUGUCAUCUAUAACUUCCUGAGCCUGUGUUAUGAGUACCUGGGAGGAGAGAGCGCCAUCAUGGCUGAGAUCAGAGGAAAACCUAUCCAGUCUAGUUGUAUUUACGGUACGUGCUGUCUUUGGGGGAGGAGUUACUCCAUUGGUUUCCUGCGGUUCUGUAAGCAGGCCACGCUACAGUUCUGUGUGGUCAAACCUCUCAUGGCCAUGGUCACAGUCAUCCUACAGGCCUUUGGAAAGUACCGCGACGGAGACUUCAAUGUGAACAGUGGGUACCUGUAUGUGUCCAUCGUCUACAACAUCUCAGUGAGUCUGUCUCUCUACGCCCUCUUCCUCUUCUAUUUCUCCACCCGGGACCUGCUGGUCCCCUACAGCCCCCUGCUCAAGUUCUUCAUGGUCAAAUCUGUUAUCUUCCUCUCCUUCUGGCAGGGCAUGUUGCUGGCCAUUCUAGAGAAGUGUGGGGCAAUCCCCAAAAUCAACUCACCCGAGGUGUCAGUGGGAGAGGGAACGGUUGCAGCCGGUUACCAGAACUUCAUCGUCUGCAUUGAGAUGUUCUUUGCCUCCCUGGCCCUGCGUCAUGCCUUCACAUACAGGAUCUACAUGGACAAGAGGCUUGACUCUCUCUCUCAGGGCCCAGUUCCUAUGUAUGGAGAGUCUGGUCGCUGUGCCCCCAUGAAGAGCAUCUCCAGCAGCCUGAAGGAGACGAUGAACCCUGGAGACAUGGUCCAGGAUGCCAUCCAUAACUUCUCCCCAGCCUACCAGCAGUACACCCAGCAGUCCACCCUGGAACAGGGUCACUCUGCCCCGCCUGUGUCCCGCACCGUCAGCACCCGCGACAACGAGAAGACCCUGCUGCUCAGCUCGGACGACGAGUUCUAAGUUAACACACAAACACACACCAACACCAGCCCAGCCAAUCACCUGACUGUUGGGGUGAGGUACCACCUCCUGGUCUUCCUCAUGUUGUUAAUGUCUUAUGGCGUAUUGGCAGGGGAUUUAAAGUGUGUUGUUAGGGGUUGGCAUCAACCUCCAUACCGGACCAUAUGACUUAGCCUGGUCCAUUCAAUAUCCUCUACUACACACAUACUAUUUGCAUAAAUUCAGGACUUUACAGGAACUAUUCUCUUGAUAGAAUAAAUGCUUAUUGGGAACAUGCUGCGGUACGUUAUGGUUGAAACCAUUGUCUAGAAAAACUUCAAUGGUUGGUUAUAUAGGAAUUCUAGGGAUUUUCUGAGAUCGAAUUAUACUUCACUUAUUAGAGAGACAUUUUUGGUUUGAAUAAAAGUGAUUUUAUGGUUAAAAAGUGUCUGCUUGCUAGCUAACAUCCCCCGAAGAAGAUGGCCCAUACUAAAUGUAUAUUAAAGUACUCUAGCUAUGGAUGGCAUUUUAUUUGUCGUUUUGGUUUGAAGAUUUCAGUUUUAAGACCAUUCUCAGAUCUCUAUGGUGACUGUGUUUUAAAGUUGGUUUUAAAAGGAUGGUGUGGGGGAGUGGUUUAGGGGAGAACCAGCUGUGUGGACUGGGGUAUGGUGUGUUGUCAUUUUCAUUGAUUCAUCAGGGACAGAUGAGAGCAGGGGAUGGAUGUGGGAAGGGAGGGAUAGUGGUUCGUUUGACAGCACUUGAUCAGAUUACAGAUGAAGAGAACUGCUCCAGUGUGUAGUAGCAGGCAGACAAGCAUGGUAAGGGCAGGCAAGCAGUGUGUUAGUCUGGAUUAUACUGUUGUAAUUGGGGCAUUAUUUGUAUGGUGAGGAUAAGGCUUUCAUCCAGCGAGGCUCACUCUGUCACCAGACCUCUCCUGGCCUCUAAUGUAGGUUAUGGCAUCUAGGGAAAACACCUUAGUGAAACCGAUCUGUGUGAUCAGAGUAUUCAGACCACGUAGGAAUAUAGUUAAACGCUAUGCUACAUGGCUAUAAUGUAGGACAUUUUUAAAUACUUACAAUUCCAGUUAGACAGACAUUGCACAAUUUCAGGCAAAUAAAGUGUAACUCGAUACUUUUAGUGUCAUAUAAAUGUUUCCAUUUCACAGAAGUGAAUGUUCAGUGCUUACAGAGAAAAUGUAUUGCGUUAUUCAUAGUUGAGCUUUUAGGUCAUUGUAGUGAGCAGGGGUGCAACUUUGGUUUUAGAAGUGGGACACACAUCUCUCUCUCUCUAUAUAUAUAUAUAUAUAUA